AUGAGAAGUGUAGUCACCCUGAGUCGGACCAGGCUAGUCGUUAUCGACAUUCAUACUGGCCAGCAUAUAUUGCGCGACGCAUCACAUCGCAGCCUUUCCGACUGGUGGCAAGCUCCUGUAAAUAGCGUCCAUCGCCUGCGCCACUCGGCCAAAUUGGAUUUAUAUUCAUGUCAUCCCCGACCUCCCAUUCCUUAUUUUAGUAGUGAGCUGGGCAAGCUUCCUGAAACCUCCGCAGUUAUGGCCAAAACCCCGCUGCCAGUUAGGUCCAGGCCUCGAGUACCUAUAGCAACCAAGCCGAGCUUUGACUCAUCCUGCCUCAGCUCUAAGUCUGGGCGUGUUUCAUCCAAGUCAAAUCCUCGCUCUGAAUCUUCAAGAGCCAUGAAUCGUGGCGAUAAUUUGCAUACAGUCGAGACCAACAGAGAGAAGGACAAGGUUCGUAGCGAUAUAUCCACAUCCAUCGCACCCUUUGGUUCGGAAUCAUUAGAUUCUGACAAUGUGGAUGCUCCGGCUUGGCUAAGACAAAUAUCUCGGACUAACAACUGGCCGAUGGGUCCGAUGCAGCCUCAACCUGAGGAGCAGACGUUGUCUGGGACAGAUUCGAGCCAAACAAUAGGAGAUUGCACCUGCUCAAAUCGGUUAGCUCAACUAAAGUUGGAGUCUAAUCUUUCUGAAAGUGAGCCAGCAAAGGAUUCUGCUAUCGAGUCUGUCGUAGAGACAGUUUCUCGAGCAACCCGGCAAUCAGCCAGCCGGUCAAAAUGGCGUGCACCUUCGCCCGGAACCAGCUUGGUGGCAUCAAAGUCGCAAACUUUACCAAGGCCAUCGAGCUCCAGAACAUCAAACAUAGGUUUCGCCACAGUUCGAGGUCGCUCCCAAGGUUCUAACCCGAGUUUGCGGGGACGAGGGACCGGAGGGAAGCGUACUCGUGGCGCACAUGCGAUUUCACGGCGUAUCUAG